AUGAACGUUCUUGAGGGUACGCUCUGCGCGACGGAGCUGCGAACACUGAUCGCAGAGGUGAAAGGCCACAAAGCCACCGAGGAGGAGCUCGACCGGGCUGUCGGCGCGCUCCUGUCUAGGUACGACCGUGGCAAGGAUGGCGCCCUCAGCUUCAAGGAGUUCGAGGAGGCCGUUCUGUCCAUCGCCUCGCCCGUAGAUCGCCGAGCGUAUGCCCUUGCAGCAGCGAUAGGUAUCGCGUUCGCGGGCUUCUCUGUAACAUUUCCGAGCCUUUGGGGCAUCUCAGGUGUGCAACUCGAGGAGCUUAGGGUUUAG